UGUAGGAUUGCGAUAAAACGUAAACUCAGAAAAAAACCGACUCACAAAUACAACUAAGAAACUGAAACUUAGAACUUACUUAUUGACAAGAUCAAUAUGACAUCAAGAGAAGAAAAUCCAUUAUUAGAGAAACUCUCCCCUCAACAGUUUGAAGCCAGUGUUCACUUCUAUGAAGCAGAUCAAAAGCUUAGUCCUGAAGAUAGAGAAGAGUUAGCCAGUGAAUUGGGGCGUGCAUUAUUACGAACCAAUUUUAUGGGAUAUGGAGCAGCAGCAAUUGGAGCAUUUGCACCAACAAUUUAUAAAAUAAGUCAAACAAAACUGUUACCAGCAGGAGGUAAAAUAUAUAAGCCAUUUGGAUCAUUUUUCAUUGGAUUAACAACUUUAUUAGUUUCAAAUCAAUUGGCAGGUAAAUACUAUUUCAAUCAGAGUGCGCAAAGAGAUUUAAAACAUCAAGAGAUAUGGCGAGCAAUGGAUUAUCAUCAAUUGGGAUUAUUUUAUUUAUAUUAUUUACGAACUGCUAAGGAUAGUUCAUUCAUUGCUAAAGAUCCCAGAACAUUCUCGAAACUGAAACAACAUGAAGUUCAUUAUAGUCCCCCACCACACAUGUCUCAAAAUGAGAGUUCUACAACUCCAUUAACUCAAUGGGAUAAAAUUCGUAUUUCUAAUGGAUUUGCAAUUGAUGACCGUAAAAAAUCAAUUUCUACAGAUGAUGAUGAUCCAUUUAAUGAUUUUGAUGAUAACGAAGUUACUUCCAAUACUUCUCAUGAACAAACUACAUCUGCUUGGGAUGCUAUUCGUAAAAACAAUAAAUAAGUUAUGUAGAUCUUGUAAAUAGUAAUAAAAAAAAGUACAUCCAUAC